AUGGUGGCCAUGGAGCUAGGCUGCGGCGUGCUGCAGGUGCGCAAGCUGCUGCAAAAGCACGGCAUCGGCGCCGAUGAGGACAGCAGCGGCGGCAGCGGCAGCGACGCGGGCAGCGACGAGGACGGCGGCGCCAGCGCCAGCGGCAGCGGCAGCGGCAGCGAGGGCGGCGGCGGGAGCGGGAGCGGGAGCGGCUCAGAGGGCGGAGGCCGGGGGAACCGGGGGCGGAAUAAGAAGCGGAGGGGCGGCGGCGGCGGCAAGCGGGUACCCGUGGAUGAGGAGCAGCUGCGGGAGCUCUACGAGCGCUUCAAGGUUUGA